AUGAAGAUCCUGUACCUGCUCUUUCCCCUCUUGCUCCUGUUGGUCCAGGGUGCUGCAGGUGAUUCCAUAGCACUAGGAAAAGAACAGCAAUGCAUACGAAAAAAGGGAUUCUGCGUUUUGGGGGGCUGCCGUUUCCCCUAUAAAUAUGUGGGAACUUGUUCAACAUUCAGCCACUGCUGCAAAUU